AACCAACCCUAACAUUCGAGUUGCAGGGAAAAGAAGACCAAUAAGAUGACGCAGAAAGGAGAUUUGUUCAAAGGGAAAAAGAAGCAGAAAACAAUCCCUCCUAGCCGCCAUGGAAAACUUCCUCACAUUCGAAAGGGUAGGAGGGUCGUUAAGCCAUCCAAGCAAUCGAAAGAAAUGGACGCUAAUCGAGAGCUGACCAAGUUUAUAAAUCACUGCAACGAGAUAAAGGCAGCCACAGUUGCUAACAAAGAUGGAGGCCAACUAAGUAUAGUCAAGCUACCCCCACAAACUUCUGCUGAUGCCAAGGAAUAGAACAGGCCAUGGUAUGGAUUUAUUGAUGAUGCAUCUUUUUCUACAAGUAGAAAACAAUCCAUUCACGUUAAAGGUCAUUGCUAUUGUGAAAUAUUUGCAUCGAAAAAGUUUUUAUCUUUUUCCUGCAGCAGUUUUGGUGAAUUACUUUCUACGUACUGAAAUUGUAUUCAAUAUUGAGAUGAGCUUAUGGCUGGCAGCCAAAAAAAUUUGCUUUAA